AUGUCUGAUCAAGUUAAAAGAACAAUUAGGAUAACAACAGAACAACAUAUUAUGAAAGAUGUACCACCAGUUGAAAAUUAUCCAAUGAGAAAAUGGUCAAUUUCAAUAUCAAUGUUAGAUUCUCAAGGUAAAGAAAUACCUGCCAAAAUCUUGGAUAAAGUAACAUAUACUUUACAUCCAACAUUUGCUAAUCCUAUAAGAUCAUUAAAACAACAACCUUUUAAAAUUGAAGAACAAGGUUGGGGAGAAUUUGAUAUACCUAUUUCUAUUCAUAUUUUAGGAAUAAGUGGUAAAAAUGGUGAACGAAAAUUUCAACAUGAUUUAAAUUUUUUACAAGAAAAAUAUAUUAAUGAUCAUGUAAUUUCAAUUCCUGUUGGACCAAAUAAAAAUCCUCAAUUAAAUAAAUUAUUAACAGAAAGUGGGUCAUUACCAUUUGAAGAAAAUUCAAGUUCUUCUUCAGGUAUAAAAAGAAAAUUAGAUUCAGCAAAUGGUCCAUCAUCAUCAUCAACUUCAAAUGUAAAUCAAUCACAAGCUUCAAUAAUUGAUAAAAAGAAAUCAAAGGGAGCAAUGAAAGGUAAUAUUGAUUUAGAAAAAUUAUCCAAUGGAUUAACUAAAUUAAGUGAAGAUGAUUUAAUUGUUAUAGUACAAAUGGUUACUGAUAAUAGAACAAAUGAAAUGAAUAUUAAAAAUGAUGUUGAUAAUGGAGAAUUUACAAUGGAUUUAUAUACUUUACCUGAUUCUUUAUUAAAAAGUUUAUGGGAAUAUGUUAAAAAACAUACUGGUGAAGCUUAA